AUGCAUACUGGUGGUAAAAUAAUUCAAUGCGAUAUUUGUUAUGAACUGUUCUCACAAAACAAUUUACUAAAAAGGCAUAUGGCAAUACACACAGGAGAGAAGAAUUAUAAAUGCGAGCAAUGUGACAAAGCAUUUGAAGAUAAAAGUGCUUUUAGAACUCACAUGAUUAGUCACAUAGGAGGGGUAAAAAAUAAAUGUGAAAUAUGUGACAAAGCCUUUUCUCAUAAAGGCACUCUAAAAACUCACAUGACAGUGCACACAGGAGAGAAGAAUUAUAAAUGUGAAAUAUGUGACAAAGCAUUUGCUCGCAAUGGCCAUCUGAAAUCACAUAUGGCAGUACACACUGGAGAGAAGAAUUAUAAAUGUGAAAUAUUGCACACAGGAGAGAUAAAAUUUAAAUGUGAAAUAUGUGACGAAGCAUUUGCUCAGAAAUAUAUUCUUAAAUCACAUAUAGAAAUACAUUUAGGACAGAAGAAACAGAAGAAUUAUAAAUGUGGAAUAUGUGACAAAGCAUUUGCAGAUAAAGGUAAACUUAAAAGUCAUAUGACAGUGCACACAGGAGAGAAGAAUUAUAAAUGCGGAAUAUGUGACAAAGAAUUUGCUCAUAAAGUUACUUUAAAAACUCAUAUAGAAGUACAUUUAGGAGAGAAGAGAUAUAAAUGCGAAAUAUGUGACAAAGCAUUUGCAGAUAAAGGUAAACUUAAAAGUCAUAUGACAGUGCACAUAGGAGAGAAGAAUUAUAAAUGUGAAAUAUGUGACAAAGCAUUUGCUCGCAAAAGUAAUCUUAGAUAUCAUAUGGUUGUGCACACGGGGGAGAAGAAAUUUAAAUGUGAAUUAUGUGACAGAGCAUUUGCUCUAAAGGGUACUCUUAAAUCUCAUAUAAAAGUAGUACAUUUAGGAGCGUAUAAUUAUGAAAGCAAAAUAUGUGACAAAGCAUAUGCUAAUAAAAAAACUCUUAAAACUCAUAUGGUUGUGCACACAGGAGAAAAGAACUUUAAAUGCGAAAUAUGUGACAAAGCAUUUGCUCGUAAGGGUACUCUUAGAUAUCAUAUGGAAGUGCACACAGGAGAGAGGAAUUAA